AUGGCGGAUUCAAAGGCGGCUAAUGUCGUCUCUACUGCCGCUGUAGCGAGCGAUGAUGUUCUAGCAACCUCCCCAUCCAGCAAGGCACAAACCUCGACAGCGCCAGGUACGGCAGCGCUACAGGAAGAUAGCAAGUCUGACGAUGGCUUGAAUCUGAAAGACCCUGAGCGAAACGAGGCCGAUGACGAGAGACAGCUGGUGAAUGGUGGCGUUGUUAUCCGUGACGGCAAUGAUGUUGCAAGAUAUGUCGUGUCAACGCAAGAUAAUGGCGAUCAGGCCUGCACCUUCCGAUCUUUCAUCAUUGGAUCCGGUCUCACUGCUCUCGCGGCCUGUAUCAACCAGAUCUACUUCUACAAGCCCGUCGAUGUUUCUUUCGCUUCGGUCUUCUUGUGUCUGAUGGCAUAUGUGAUCGGCGUGGCAUGGUCCGUUGCUCUGCCUCGCCGACACCACGUUGAGAAAUUCCUACCGUCUCAGGCGAGAUGGCUCGGGCCAGUUGUUCACUUCAUCAACCCUGGCCAUUUCGGAUUGAAGGAGCACGCGGUGGCUUCAAUCCUUUCCACGUCGAGCGGAAACGGUGCUGCCAUCGUGCAGGUAUUCGGCGCAGAGCGGCUAUUCUAUAACCGAAGCACCGAUGCGGCCACAGCUAUUCUGACUGUCUUCUCAGCUUCCAUCUUCGGAUAUGGUCUUGUCGGACUCUUGCGCUCGAUUCUUGUUCAUCCCAGUGAGAUGGUCUGGUGGCAAUGCCUCCCGAUGAUUUCUAUCUACCAGACUCUUCACCGCGAUCCCAAGGGUAACAAUCGAGAACGCCUUCGCAUGUUCGGAUUCACUUCCAUCGGCAUGUUCAUCUGGGAACCGAUCGCGUCGUACAUCUGGCCUUGGUUGAACGGCAUCUCCAUCCCCUGUCUUGCAUCGAUGAAUGCGGCCCCUCCAACGCGCAAAGUCCUGAUGACUAUCUUCGGCGGCAUUUCUUCCAACGAGGGACAGGGCAUUCUCAAUUUCUCUCUCGACUGGCAGUACAUCACUUCCCGGUAUAUGUCGCUUCCCCUACUGCAGCAAGCCAACUCUUGGGUGGGAAUCGUUUUGUCAUACAUCAUGUGCUUUUCUCUCUAUUACGGCGGCGCAUGGGGGGCCAAAAAGUUCCCGUUCAUGUCGACAGCCAUGUUUGACGCGAAAACUGGCAAGGUAUACAACCAGACUGCCGUCUUUGGCCAGAAUGCCAUCCUGGAUACCGAGGCGCUUGAAAUACACGGACUUCCACGGCUGACUGCGUCCAACGUCUGGGCAAAUAUGGCGGCGAUGGCUGCCAUUGGGGCCUUGAUCACUCACAUCUCCCUUUUCUACGGCCCUCUAAUCAAGAGAUCUUUGAUACAAGCUUGGAAGAAGACCGAAACGGAUCCUCACUACAAGGUCAUGCAGGAAAACUACAAGGAUGUGCCCAUGUGGUGGUAUCUUGCGAUCCUUCUCGUUGGCUUCUUCACUGGACUUGGGGCCGUCAUCAAAGGGCACACAACUCUGGAUGCCUGGGCUUAUGUCUGCGCAAUCCUUCUUGGAUGCAUUGUUGCACCCUUCUCGCUUUGCUUGUAUGGCCUUUUGGGUACUAGCGUGGCGACAAACAACUUAUCCAAGAUGCUAUGCGGCGUCUUGCAACCGGGUAAACCAGUUGCAAACCUCUACUUCUCCAUGUUUAGUCACGAAGUCACGGUUCUCUCUGUUUUUCUGUCUACCGACCUUAAGAUGGCACAGUAUCUCAAGAUUCCUUGGAGGACCAUGUUCCUCCUCCAGACGUGGGGAAGCCUGUUCGGAACGGCUUUGAACUACGUGAUCAUGGAUACGAUUGUCGCCAACCGGCGAGAGAUUCUCUUAGACCCGAUCGGCAACCAAGUUUGGAGUGGACGCAAGAUCCAGUCUCUCAACACGACUGCCGUAACCUGGUCUCUCGCAAAGUACGUCUAUGGCUUCAAUAAGGACGGAUACGGUUGGAUCCCUCUCUCCAUCGUGAUCGGGGCUGCGAUCCCUGUUGCUCUAUGGCUUGUCUCGCGCAAGUACAAGACGAUUUAUGGCUGGGAGGUCCGGAAGCUCGUCACCCCUGUCGUAUUCCACAACGCCUCGGAGACCACAUCCGGCACGACCUCCGUCAUCUGGUCCCAGGUCGCCACCGGCCUGUGGUCCCAGUGGUACAUGCGUCUCCGGCACCCUGCGUGGUUCGGCAAGUACAAUUACAUUGUCGGCGGUGGCCUUGAUGCAGGUGCAAAGGUCAUGAUGUUCAUCCUUACCUUCGCAGUAGCUGGAGGUUCUGGAAAAGAAGUCCCUUUUCCGACGGCAUAA